GAAGAGGUUUUCUCGUGCCCGUCGUUAGGGUUUAAGCCCCCCUGACCGAAGACGCUGCAAGACCCGCGCGAUCUCCCGCUCUCCCGAGUUCACAGCAAUGGCUACUUCACUCUCCAAGCUGUCCUCCCACCUCCAUCGAUGCCUCCUCUCGAAUCCCAGAGCUCCUGGCGUCGCCAUGUCCCUGUGCACGGCGGCCUCGUCUCAGGACACUUCGGAACCGGAGGACAGGAGCCUCGAGUCGGAGGCCGACUCAGCUCCCUCGCAGCAAUCGCCGCCGGCGCCGGCAUCCUCGGCGCAGGAACCGGAGCAGCAGCGCACGGUCUACGACCGGCCUCUCCAGAACGGCCUUGACACCGGGAUUUACAAGGCUAUAAUAAUGGGGCAGGUUGGGCAAAACCCAAUUGCGAAGAAGCUGAAGAGUGGGAGGACGGUAACCCUGUUCUCAGUUGGAACAGGAGGCGUCCGCAACAAUAGGAGGCCACUGCAAAAUGAGGAGCCCAGAGAGUAUGCAGAUCGCUCUUUGGUCCAGUGGCAUCGUGUUUCGGUCUAUCCCGAGGCAUUGGGGGAGAUGGUCAGGAAGCAUGUUAGUCCUGGCAUGAUCUUGUACUUGGAGGGCAAUUUGGAGUCCAAAGUCUUCACUGAUCCUGUAUCUGGUCUUGUUCGACGUAUAAGAGAGAUUGCAAUCCGUCGAAACGGUCGCAUUGUGUUUGUCGGGAAAGGUGGCGAUUCCCAGCAGCCAUCACAGGGUGAGACGAGAGGUGCUGGCUAUUACUGAAGGAGGAUGAGAGAAAAGGGAGAGCUUGUUUUCAGUUUUGUGCGUUUCUUUUGAAACCUCGUCUCCGUUAAGACUUUACAGGGCCAUGCAAAAGCUGAUAUUCUCACUUCUUAUGGCUGACCCAUGUAAAUUCUUUUGUCCUGGGCGCCUGUGACAUUAAGGGAAAUUCGUCAGUGUGAAGCGGAGCUGAUUAUUCAUCAGUCUCUGAAAUCAUCUCAAGUUUUAUGCAGAGAUGAUCUGCUGCCUCCUUGUU